AUGAAACUCAAAGUAGCAAUUGUCCAAAUCAAUUCCCUUCUAGGUCAUUCACAACAAAAUAUCACCAAAAUCAAUCACCUAUUAUCAACAAUCAAUGGUCGUUUCCCUGACUUGGUAGUUUUGUCCGAACUAGCAAUAACUGGGUAUAAUUUCUCCCUGGCUACACAUUUGAGACCAUUUUUGGAGUCGCCUUACAAAUAUGGUGCUUCGCUUGAUUUUGCUCAUGAAUUGAGUUUGAAACAUAGGUGUUUUACAGUGGUGGGGUAUCCUGAAGGAGCGCACCUAGAGAAGAGUAAAGGUAAUGUUGGAAAUAGUGGUGGUGGUGAUGUUGUUGUUGAUGGUGUUGUUGAUGGAGAGGUUAUUUAUAAUUCGUGUGCUGUUUUCAACAGGACAGGUGAAUUGAUUUAUAACUAUCGAAAGACAUUUUUAUACGAAACUGAUGAAAAGUGGGGAUGUUUAGAAAAUCCUGAGAAGGGGUUUACACCAAUACCAUUAAAAUUCAAUACAAAAGAUACCAAGGGUGGUGAUGGUGAUGGUGCUAACAAUGGUGAAGUAUUAACGAAUUUUGGUAUAUGUAUGGACUUGAAUCCAUAUAAAUUCGAAGCACCAUUCAAUAAAUUUGAAUUCAGUGCUAAAUGCUAUCACAACAAAGCCAAGUUGAUAAUAUGCCCCAUGGCGUGGUUGUCUUCACAAUCACCAUCAAUCAAGACCGAAUUAACCCAAGAAGAGAAAUUGGAUCAAGCUACACAGUUGAAGCUACUGAGCGAUCCAUGUAAUGAAACGAUAAAUUAUUGGAUUUUGAGAUUCUUCCCAUUUUUAAAACACAAAUAUAGUUUUUUCCCUAAAUGGUGGCCUUCUAGGGAUAAAGUAAGUGUGUUGAUAUGUAAUCGAGUGGGUAAAGAAGAUGAUGUGGUUUAUGGGGGUAGUUCAUGUAUUCUACAAUUUAAUAAUAAAGAAGCUUCAACAAGUGAUGGUGAUUAUGAUGCCAUAGAUGAACUGAAUCCCAGUGUUGAUGUUGUUGGUAGAUUAUCUCAAAACGAAGAAGGUAUAUUGGUGAAGGAAAUUGAUGUAUAA